UUAUUCUGCAGUGUUAUUGUGGCUUUCCAGAUUCCCAACAGAUUCCAUACUCACCAUACUGAGCACUACGGCGUCAGAUAACAGCCCGACGGUUAUAUAUGUCAACCAGUCGCUAGGGGGAAAGCUGAGGGCGUUGCUGCCGCUCGACCUCAUAAUCCGUCGCAUGGCAUCGCACGGCGACGAUGGUCCGUCGCAAGGCGGCGAUCGGCCGUCGGACGAGGCGAUCUUAGCACAGCAGAAUGCGAUGAGGGAAGAGGACGCAAAGCGACACCCGCUCGUUGGAGAGAAGGAGCCGUUGUCGGCAUUGGCGUCCGAAUAUGCCGCGGGAAGCAGCACGUUUCAAGAGAAAAUCGAGCACCUAGCAUCGGAGUACGAGGCUAUCAGGCGGACUCGAGGCGAUGGGAACUGCUUCUUCCGAUGCUUCCUCUUCGCCCUCCUGGAGCAUUUAUUGCAAGGCGGCAGCAAGGAGGAGUGCGAGCAAGUAAGGGGGCGAGUGGCGCGCAGUGAGCAGCGGCUGCGAGACCUUGGGUAUACCGAGUUCACGUGGGAGGACUUUGCCGCUGAGUACAGGGAGCUUCUAGAUGCUGUGGACCCAUCAAGUGCAGCCGACAAGCUCACGGAGGAGGGUCUUCUGAAGCACUGCCAAGACCCAGACUGCUCCAACUAUGCGGUCAUGUUCCUGCGCUUCGUCACAUCGGCGGACAUCCAGCACCGGGCGGACGUCUUCCAUCCCUUCCUUGCAGACUCUAUGGCUGCCGUGGGCGGCCCAAAAGAGACAGUGAAGCACUUCUGCCACAAGGAAGUGGAGCCGAUGGGCGAGGAGAGCGACCACGUGCACAUCACAGCCAUCACCGAUGCUCUCGCCAUACCCAUCCGGAUCGUUUACCUUGACCGCAGUGCCGGGCAGGCAAACUUUCACGAAUUUCUGCCCGAGGAGAGUGUAAGGGCUACGCCUGCUAUGACACUGCUGUACAGACCGGGGCACUAUGACAUUCUGUACCCAAAACAGAAAUAAGAAUGCUGUAAUUAUCCCUUUUACUUAUGAAGAAGACAGCUGCUGCCGUCUUGCUCGGCAUGGGCGCGUUAUUGGACAGUGUUGUAACGGUAACACUCCGUGCUUUAAAUAUCCACAUCUCUUUUGUU